AUGGCUGGAGAUCUCCUUGUUCAUGAUGAAGAUCCAAAAACUCCAAAAACCCCUGUUAAAACCAUUACCAAAACACUCGAUCCAUUUCAUCCUUAUUUUGUCCAUCCAUCGGAUAACCCCACCUCUGUGUUAGUUCAACCUCUUAUGAAUGGUGACAACUAUCCCACUUGGGUUUGUGGGAUAACAAAAGCUCUUAGUGCUAAAAACAAAUUAGGUUUCGUUAAUGGCGUCCUUAUUGAACCUUCUUCAAAAGAUGAUGUUGAAGACCACAACAACUGGAAACGCGCUGAUGACCUUGUUUCCAGUUGGAUAUGUCACUCUACUAUUCCUCAGAUCAAAGCAACUAUUGAUUACUUACCCUCUUCAUUGGUUGUUUGGAAGGAUUUGAAAGAGCGUUUUUCUGAAACAAGUGCUCCCAAGCUUUUCCAACUUAAGCAAUCCAUUUCUUCCCUCAAACAAACUGAUCAACCAUUGUCUUCUCACUACACCACCAUUAGAGCCUUAUGGGAUGAAAUAGAUUCCAUUCGUCCUAUGCCAAACUGCGUAUGCGGAGCCAGCAAGCAAACCCUUGAAUUUAUCGAUCAGGAUCGGGCUAUGGAGUUUCUCCAAAGUCUCAAUGAUCGAUUCUCUAACCUCCGAAGCAAUAUCUUGCAGCGAGAAACCUUCCCAACUGUUCGCACAAUCCAUAACUUGGUUCGUCAGGAGGAGGUGCAACAAAAUAUGCAAGGUCAUUCCAGACCCUCUAUUGAUGCUGCUGCUCUCCAGGUAUUCCGUUCUGAUGUGAGUUCCUUAUCUGUUGAUACUAACAAACGAUCGAAGUAUUUUUGUGAUCACUGUAAGAUUCCUGGUCACUCCAAGUCACGUUGUUUCAAACUUGUUGGUUAUCCACCUCGUAAGAACAACAACACCAACAGCAGAGAUCGUCCAUUUGUGGUUGCUUCAACCCCUGAUUUUGGAGCUUCUUCUUCUGAUACUAUAAUUCCAAACUUCACAGCAGACUAA